UGAUGACAUCACAUCGGGCCUGGAGCGGAAAGCGGUGUGCAGACGGGGAAGAGUGGCGGACACCGAGACUGAAAUCUUGCGGACUGAAGAACAGGAGGAGACCUCAGCGUGCACACCGAGUGAUUCUCAGGGAGCUCUCCCCCGAUCUGGCCGCAGGUUUCCUGAAAUACGGCUUUUCUAAUGUCUGCCUUUCACCUGUGAUCAUCCCAGCCUCCAGGAGUGCAGAAAAUGGCUGCAGUGGAUCCAUCUCAGGAGCCCGUGACCUUUGCAGAUGUGGCCGUGUAUUUCAGCAGGGAGGAGUGGGUGCUGCUGGACCCUGUGCAGCGAGUGCUGUACCGGGACGUGAUGCUGGAGACGUACGCGUGUGUGGCCUCGCUGGCCCCAAAACCUGCAGUGAUCUCCAUGCUGGAAGGAGGGGAAGACCCCUGGAUCCCAGAUGUACAUGGCUUGAAGGACAUGGCAGAAGACCUCAGCCCAGCAGAUGAUGGGAUCACAAACAUAAAGGAGUAUCUGCAGAGAAGUGGUGUGGCUGAAAGGCAGUGGAGUAGUGCCUCGUUGGGAAAAACCAGAAGGGAUGUGCAAGGGGGCCUGGAGCAAGGAGAGCACUUCGAGAAGCAACAGGGAAACCCUCCAGGAGAGAUUGUGAGGAAACCCCUGGACUGCAGCACAAGUCAGAAGCAGCAGAUGGAAGAUGCAAGGAGCAAGGAAGUGUGCCGGGAGGAAAGGCAGCACCCAAAUGCUGAAUGUGGGACCAGCUUUAAAAGGAAUUCCGACCUUGUUAACCACCAUUGUGUCCGCUCAGUGAAGAGAUUGUGCAAGAGCUCUGGGUGUGUGAAGAGCUUCAAAACAAGAUCCAAAUUCACUAAUCAUCAGUUCCUCCACACAGGAGAGAAACCCCUUAGGCGUUCUGAGUGUCCAAAGAGCGUCAAAAGCAACUCUGAAUUGAAGUGCCACCAGUGCAUCCACACAGGAUACAGACCUUACAAGUGCCAUAGAUGUGGGAAAAGCUACAAACAAAGUUCCCACCUUGUUUCCCACCAACGCAUCCAUUCAGGUGACAGAACCUACAAGUGUUCCACGUGUGGAAAGGGUUUCAAAAGCAGUUCAGAACAGAAUCACCAGCACAUCCACACAAGAGAGAGACCCUUUAAGUGUCCAGAGUGUCUAAAGGGCUUCAGAAGCAGUUCCUACCUCAUUGGCCCCCAGCGCAUCCACAAAGGAGAGAGGCGAUAUAAGUGCACUGACUGUGGGAAGGGCUUCAGAAGCAGUUUCGACCUCAUUGUCCACCAGCGCAUCCACAAUGGAGAGAGACCCUUUAAGUGUACUGAGUGUCCAAAGAGCUUCAGAAGCAGCUCCUACCUCAUUGGCCACCAGCGCGUCCACACAGGAGAGAGGCCAUAUAAGUGCACUGACUGCGGGAAGGGCUUUAGAAGCAGUUCCAACCUCACCCGCCACCAGCGCAUCCACACAGGAGAGAGGCCAUAUAAGUGCACUGACUGUGGGAAGAGCUUUAAAAGCAGCUCCAACCUCACCCGCCACCUGCAGUGUGUCCACACAGAAGAGAGACCCUUUAAUUGUCCUGAGUGUCCAAAUUGCUCCUAAAGCAAUUCUGAAUUGAAGUGCCACCAGUGCAUCCAUACAGGAUAUAAAACAUACAAGUGCUCUGUAUGUGGGAACAGCUGCCAUUGAUGUUCCCAAUUUGAUUCCCACCAGAACAUGCAUUCAGGACACAGAGCCUGCAAGUGUCCCAUUUGUGUCAAGGACAGGCAUGUUAGAAGCGAAGAUGCACCAGCACAUCCAUAAAGGAGAGAGACCCUACAAGUGCUCAGCGUGGGAAGAGCUUCCGCAGCAGUUACAAGCUCAUUUGUUACCAGUGCAUCCAAACAGGAGUAAGACCCUUUAAAUGCCCUGUGUGUGGGAAGGGCUUUAUAAGCAGUUCUAAUCUCAACUCCCACAAGCACAUCCACCAAGGAGACAGAGUGUAGAAAUGCCCCGAGUUUGGGAGUAUCUUCAGAAGCAGUUCCUGCCUCGUUACAUACCUACACAUCCUCACAGGAGGCUAAGUUUGCAGUGCCACGAACGCGGGAGGAGCUUCAGCCAGACCCCAGCCUGAUCAGCCACCUGUAGCUUUGUGUGGUUAUGAGCCUUACAAAUCCCUUGAGCAGAGGAAGAGCUUCACAGCUAACUCAUCUUAAAAACACCUUGAAGAACAUACUCCUUGCUCGGACAGGUGGAACUGGUUUAAUGAGGUACAGCCAGCAGGGAGCACUCACUGUAAACAUAAUGUGGUCACAGAAUCGUAGAAUGGCCUGGAUUGAAAAGGACUGUAAGGAUCAUCUAAUUUCAACCCCCCUGCUGUGUGCAGGGUUCCCAACCAGCAGACCAGGCUGCCCAGAGCCAAUCCAGCUUGGCCUAAAAUGUUACCUAAAAAGCUGUGAUUGGACAAGGAGUGUCUAAAGAUACCAAAAAAGAGAUACCAAAAAGACCCUCUGGGUUGUAUUCUGGUUCACAGGGGAGAGGUUGCUGGUGAGCCAAGGGGAAGUUAGGUAGCCGACUAGUAAGUGUUUCCUGUAUCCCCUUUAGUCCCUCCAUAACUGGGUUAAUCUCUAUUUUGUCAUGAGCUUCCUAUUUAUUGAUUUUGAGUGGUCUGGAAGAUUAAAGCAACACAUCCUACUAAGAUCCUCACAACCGUGCCUCUUCAGUUAGUUAGUCCAGAUCCCUUACCUCAAUUCCUUUAACCUGUAUGCUAUUGGGAGAAAAUAAAGAUAUUCUUGCUCGGACUGGCAAAAUAUCUUUGGAGGUAUAAACAAGUUAAAGACCAUAACUAUCCAUGCCAGACAGACCCUCUUGACAUGGUCACGAGACAUCUAGCUUGUACACCUGGCAUGGGUGUCAGCAAAUGCUAUAAAGACCAUUGACAAGCCCCGCCAACACUGAGGUGGCUUUGUGGAGGCGAGUGGCAAGGAGCCAUGUGUGCGUGUAUGACAAAGGAGCAGGCAGCGGAUUGCCAGAUGACAGAAGAACCCCUCAACUGUACAUGGAACCCGCUUUACAUUCCCCUGAGCGAGAGCAGACAGAGGAGACGACCUGCACAGAAGGAGGUGAGCGCCAACAUCGAGCUGCAUCUCGCACAGGAGUGGUUCCAUGGCAAGCCGGGGGCAGGGCACGGUGGGCGGCACAUCGCUGAGUGGCUGAUGGCAGAGUACUGUGCUAAGAUAGAGGCCCCUGACAGCUUCUUCCUGGUCAGGGAAAGUGAGACUUAUGUUGGGGACUACAUUCUAUCCUUCUGGCAGUGUGGGAAGGUGCCGCAUACACUGGUGACAGGACGCUACCAGUCAGAAGUUCUUUGUGACUGACACCCAAGUAUCUGACAGCCUGUACGACUUCAUCACCUACUAUUGGGAGACGCCACUGAGGUCCCACGGACCUGAGAUAAGGCUGACAGAACCGGUGCCUUGGUCCAGCACUCACACCAACACACGGUGCCGCGGGACGGCACCAGAAGGACAAGUCCAGAUCCAGCACCAUCUACGUCAGGGCCAGAGGGAAGAACUGCUCAGCAUGGCAAGAGUUACAUUUAAUAAGGCACUUAACCAAGUGCACGUUGUUCAAGUUCAUUGCCCACAAUAAAAGUUUUUGUUCUGCACUAA